AUGGAUAUCCGAGAAAUGAAAUUGAAUACAAAUGGAAGAAAACUUCUGUUGAAGUGGCAGAUCCGAAAUACUGGAGAUUGUAUCAGUUUGCAUUUGUAGGGUUACGAAAUACAACUGAAAUUUCUCAUACUUUGUCUGGUGAUUAUAUUAUUAUGACAAUCUUCUUUGAUCUCAGCAGACGUAUGGGAUAUUUUACGAUUCAGACAUACAUUCCUUGUAUACUUACAGUUGUUCUUUCAUGGGUGUCAUUUUGGAUCAAUAAGGAUGCAGUUCCUGCAAGGACUUCUCUGGGCAUUACAACUGUGCUGACUAUGACAACAUUGAGUACAAUUGCUAGGAAGUCACUCCCAAAGGUUUCCUAUGUGACAGCAAUGGACCUUUUUGUUUCAGUUUGCUUCAUCUUUGUGUUUGCUGCCUUGAUGGAAUAUGGCACCUUGCAUUACUUUACCAGCAACAGAAAAGGGGACAAAGGAAAAGAAAAGAAGGCAAAACCUAAGCCAUCAAAACCAUCUGCAAUUGCUGUUCGACCUGGAUCAACACUAAUUUCAAUUAAUAACAUUAAUCAUCUCCCUGAACGUGAUGAUGAUUAUGGAUAUGAAUGCCUAGAAGGGAAGGACUGUGCUAGUUUCUUUUGUUGUUUUGAAGACUGCCGCACAGGAUCUUGGAGAGAAGGAAGAAUACACAUCCGUAUUGCAAAAAUUGACUCCUAUUCUCGAAUCUUCUUUCCAACUGCCUUUGCAUUGUUCAAUCUUGUUUACUGGAUUGGCUAUCUUUAUCUAUAG